GUUUCUUCUUCUUUCAGUUGCCCCUAAACUCGAAAAAGGAAGUGAUAGUAACAAUGGUAGAGAAAGGUAACAAGGCCAGGAAAGAGGAGGUUGUCUCAAGGGAGUACACAAUUAAUCUACACAAACGUCUCCAUGGAUGCACCUUCAAGAAGAAGGCUCCAAAAGCCAUCAAGGAAAUCAGGAAAUUUGCUCAGAAGGCCAUGGGAACCACUGAUGUUAGAGUUGAUGUCAAGUUGAACAAGCAGAUAUGGAGCCGUGGAAUUCGUAGUGUGCCAAGGAGAAUCCGGGUGCGCGUUGCUCGCAAGAGGAAUGACGAUGAAGAUGCUAAAGAUGAGCUUUACUCUUUGGUAACCGUUGCAGAAAUCCCAGAGGGUGGGUUGAAGGGAUUGGGCACCCAAGUUAUUGAGGAUGAAGAAUGAAUAAACGUAUUCUGUUCUUUUAAGAUUCCAAUUUUGUUAUACCUCUGAUUCUAUGUUGGAGAAAUCCAUUUCAAUGGAUUAUGUCAUGUUAUUUGUUAAUGCAAUUAGGUUUUUUUGAGAUUA